UUCCCUCCCUCCUUCCUUUUCCCCUUUCCUCCUUUUUUCUUCCUUCUUUCCUUCUCCCUUCCCUUCUUUCUUUCUCUCUCUCUCUCUCCUUCUCUCCUUCCCUCCCUCCCUCAGGGUCGCUGAGGCGAAAGAGGACGGUGCAGGAGAAAACCCCAAAGUCAGCCAAGGAAGGAAGGAAGUAGGAGGAGGAGGAGGGCGAGGAGGGAGGGAGGCAGGGCCUGGAGGAGGAGCUUCCCAAGCUAGAGGAGACGCCCAGCAGCCCCGGCAGCAGCGGCUGCUUCGGAGCCCAGCAUGAAGCCCCAGCGGAGGCACCGGAGAGGCAGCAGAGGCAGAGGGCUGGAGCGGGGCAGCCAGAACGAGGCAGACCUGAGCGGCAGGCACCUGACCAUGGAGCCCAGGUGGAACAGAACCAGCUGCUGAAGGGGCGACCCAGCUUGGCUGGCUGACUUGCCUUCCCCAUCCUUGAAGUGAAGCAAGCCGAGGAAACCCAUCUUUCCCUCCAGAGCCCUGACUGUAGUCGCUCCAAGGCAGGAGUGAUCACAGAGCUCUGCCUCGCCAGGGAACCAUACGGAGCUGAUUUGCUUAUUCUGACACACUUCAGAUUUUCAAGAAAGACACUUACUCCUUGCCCAGAGCGGACACAUGAACAAUCUCUGGGACCGUUUUUAUUGAGGUUGUCGUUUUUCUUUUCUUUUUAACCACAAAGUGAUUCUUUUUUUAAAAUUGAGAACGGAUAUUGAUGAACGGAUUUUCCUGCUCCUUUUUACUUCUUGGGAAGGCUGAUCAGGAAAGGGACCGUACCCUCCUGACUGUCUUGUAGAAGCUGGAGUGCAAGAAAUCAAAGUAGACACUGCACAACAUGAUGUGUCAGGCUUUGGAAAGGCAACCGUGUCUGCUUGCAAAAACCAUUUAGCAUCUGAGGGUGCUUUCACACCUCCCACUAAGCCUGUCCUUCACAACUACUACUACUACUGCUAUUCUUAUCUUUUUUGGGGGAAAAAAGAAAUCCUUUUGGUUCUUUCCCAAUACUUUUCCCCUUGAGUUUCUACUCUUAUCAAAAUAUUCUUUUUUGGAAAUAUAAAACCAGUUGGUGUUUGACAGUUGAAGAUAAAAGAAGAAGCAAGAGAGAAAGUGAGGAAGAGUGAUGUCCUUUUAUCUACACUCUUUUACAAAGAUGAGGUGCCUUUUGCUGGAGCUGACAUCUCUUCUGCUCCUGGGUUCUGCAUUUGCACAACGUCAAGUUACUGUUCAAGAAGGCCCUCUGUACCGUACUGAAAAUUCACACAUCACCAUCUGGUGCAAAGUUAGUGGCUACCAAGGACCAUCAGAACAGAAUUUUCAAUGGUCCAUAUACCUCCCAUCUGCCCCAGAAAGGGAGGUACAGAUUGUCAGCACCAUGGACCCAUCCUUCCCUUAUGCUAUCUACACUCAGCGUGUCAGGAGUGGAGAAAUCUAUGUAGAAAGGGUCCAAGGAGAUUCGGCUCUAUUGCACAUCACAGAGCUUCAAGACAGAGAUGCUGGUGAAUAUGAAUGUCACACACCCACUACCGAUGAAAGAUACUUUGGGAGCUACAGUGCCAAGAUGAAGCUAGUGGUUAUUCCUGACUCCCUGAGAGUGACUUCAGAAGCCCAGACUCUGAACAAAGUACAGCAUGACUCUCUGGAGUUGAAGUGUGAGGUAUCUAAAAAUACUGCACAGCAUAGCCACAUUUCUAUUGCCUGGUACCGAAAGAAAGGAGAUGAGCCAGCUGUGGAGGUGAUCUCCCUCAGUCGUGAUUUUGUGCUGCGUGCAGGAAGUGACUACACUCAACGACAUGCCAGUGGAGAUAUCCGCUUGGAUAAAAUAGGCGAGACCCUGUCCAAGCUUACAAUCUACAAUCUGCAGUCUUCCGAUGGGGGCGAGUUUUACUGUGAAGCAGCUGAGUGGAUUCAGGACCCUGACGAUACUUGGUAUGCAAUGACCCGCAAGCGCUCAGAGGGCACCAUGGUCUAUGUGGAAGGAACUGUUAUUACUCACUCUAGUUUUGAUAUGGACAUCAACGUCCGGCUAGAGACAGAGAAGAGGACGUACACAGUGGGAGAGCCAGUGGAAUUCAGGUGCAUUCUGGAGGUACAAAAUGUUGCAAAGAGAUACUUUUCCAUAUCUUGGGCCUUCAACAGCUCCCUGAUUGCCACUUUUGGAGCCAAUGCAGUGCCAGUCCUUAACAACGAGUUUGCCCAACGUGAAGCUCUGGGACAGCUGAAAGUGGCCAAAGAGAGUGACAGUGUCUAUAUCUUAAAAAUCUACCGACUCCGCUUGGAGGACAGUGGCAAGUACAACUGCCGGGUCACAGAGCGCUUGAAGACAACAACCGGUGAAUUUAUUGAUGGAGAGAGCAAACGGCCAAAGAAUACACCCAUCACAGUCCUGCCUCUCAAGACCAAUAUUUCAGUGGAGGUAUCCAACAAUGCUACAAGCGUUCUAGAAGGGGAGAGCCUUCGGUUUGGCUGCACUGUCCGCACAGGGUUUAGACCCCAGAACAGACUCUCUGUCACUUGGCAGCUUGUGGAUAAGCAGAACCGUCGCAGUGAUAUUGUGCAGCUUGACCGGGAUGGCACCCUUCGCCCUGGGCCCUCAUACGCUGAGCGCAGUAGCUACGGUGGGAUCCAAAUGGAGCAAAUACGGCCUGGGUCCUUCACACUAGAAAUCUUCAACAGCCUCAAGGCAGAUGAGGGCCAUUACGAGUGUCGUAUCACAGAGUGGACUCGUAGGCUGGAUGGGGAGUGGCAGAUGAUUGGGGAGCGGCAUAAUGGCUCUACAGUAUCCAUCACUGCACUGGAUGCUGGUUUUGCAGUUACAGCCAUCUCUCGCACCCCUGGAGUGACCUACAAUGAAUCAUUUGAUUUACAAUGCAUCAUCAAGCCACAUUACCCAUCAUGGGUUCCAGUGUCUGUGACAUGGCGUUUUCAGCCAGCUGGAAGCACCGAGUUUCACGAUUUGGUUACCUUCACUCGUGAUGGAGGUGUUCAGUGGGGUGAUAGGUACACUGGGUUCCGUACCCGAACAGCCAUUGAGAAAGCAGAAUCCAGCAAUAAUGUGCGCCUGAGCAUCAGUAGGGCUAGUGACACAGAAGCAGGCAAGUACCAGUGUGUAGCAGAGCUCUGGCGGAAGAACUACAACAGCAGCUGGACACGACUAGCAGAUAGAACCUCUAAUCUGCUGGAGAUCAGAGUCCUGCGGCCUGUGACAAAAUUGCAGGUCAGCAAAUCAAAGCGAAGCAUUACCCUUGUGGAGAAUGGACCUAUCCCUCUGAACUGUUCUGUGAAGUCUCAGACAAGCCCAGACUCCCACUUUGCAGUUCUGUGGUAUGUCCACAAACUCACUGACACUGAUGGGAGGCUCAUCCUGAAGACCACCCACAGCUCUGUGUUUGAGUAUGGCACCUAUGCGGAGGAGGAAGGCCUGAAGGGGAGGCUGCAGUUUGAGAGGUCAUUGUCUGGGGGGCUCUUCAGCCUCACAGUCCAGAGGGCCCAGGUCAGUGACAGCGGCAGCUAUUACUGCCAUGUGGAGGAGUGGCUACUCAAUCCCAACCACGCCUGGUAUAAGUUGGCUGAAGAAGUUUCUGGCCGGACUGAAGUCACUGUCAAGUUGCCAGAUAACCUCUUGGAAGUGAACCAGACCCAGAAGAACCUUACAAUUUUAGAGAAUGAAUGGGUGACAUUAGAGUGUCUUGUCACCAAUCGGAGCAGCCAUACUUCGCAAUUGUCAGUGGAAUGGUAUGUGUGGAAAUCAGGUCACCCAGAGAAAGAAGCUGUGGUCAAGCUGACCCGCCAGGCCACCCUGCUGUAUGGAGAGCCAGCCGCAUUGAAUGACCUGAAGAGCAGAAUGCACUUUGAAAGCCCCUCUCAAGGCCUGUAUCUACUUACUAUCCAGAAUAUGACUGUGCAGGACAGUGGUACCUAUGACUGUCGGGUGGAGGAAUGGCUACUGGAUCCCACAGAUAAAUGGUACAAACGGGGAGCAGAGCUGUCUGGGCUGACAACGAUUACAGUGAAGCAGCCAGAUGCUUCACUGCAAGUGGAUACAACAAUGGCCAACAUCACAGUACCAGAGCAGGGGCAUUUCCAUUUGGAUUGCAACAUUCUGUCACUCUCCAGCCGGGAGUCCCGCUUUGCUGUGACAUGGUUCAAUGUGAAGAAGAAAGAAAGAGAUGGUCAGGCUGGUCGCAAAAAUGGAGAAGAGCGGGAGACCUUGUUGAAAGUAGGUCAGGAUGCCAUCUUCAGCCGAGAAGCCAACCCCUGGGAAGGCAGACUACGUUUUCAGAGGCUUUCAGCAAUGUUGUAUCGACUGACCGUGUUGCAGGCAGCUGCUGCAGAUACUGGGAACUACUCAUGCCGGGUCGAAGAAUGGUUGCCUGAUCCCCGGGGCAUGUGGUACAAAUUGGCUGAAGAGGAUUCUGGCCCUACAGCAGUUUAUGUGCAGAAUACAGGCUCCUCUCUACAGUCUGUCAUCUGCUCCAACGACUCCCUCUUCUACUUUGUCUUCUUUUAUCCCUUCCCUAUCUUUGGCAUCCUCAUCAUCACCAUCCUCCUGGUGCGUUUCAAAAGCAGAAAUUCCAGCAAGAACUCAGAAGGCAAGAAUGGGGCCCCCUUGCUGUGGAUCAAAGAGCCACACUUAAACUAUUCACCCACUUGCCUGGAACCUCCUGUUCUCAGCAUCCACCCGGGGACUAUAGAUUAAACAGGAGAGAUAAAAUGGAGGUGAUGAUGCACCUGGAACCCAAAGGAAGUGUGUUUUGUUGUCCUUUGUAUUCAGCAUCUGUACUUUGGAUCCCAGCUCAGCUCCACAGUGGGGUUCCUCUCACCUUUUGAGACUAGGAAGGACUUAGGCACCCCAAAAUGCCUGUGAAGACCCGACAAAUUGCUGAGGGGGAUAUAAGGUCCAUGUUCACUGUAUAUAGUGGAUUUUCUUAUUGGGUCCCUCACCACCCAUCCAUUCUCCUCAUUUGCUCUUUGGACGAAUCCUGUUGCUCAAAGGGUUAUAUUAUGCUGAGGACAAUCCCCAGAGUGUACUGAUUUUGACGGGGCUGCCGUUAUGCCAAAAUGGGGCACAUGUAAGUUUGAGUAAGAUUGUUUUUGAUCAGUUGAGUUUGGCUUGACAGUUUUUGGUACUAGAAAGAUUCGGGAAGAACUGGACUACUUGUCUCUUGGUUUGAAGAAAAUAGUACCAAAACCACUCCCUGCCAAGCAUGAAGUGGUGACAUUUUCAGCCAAGUCAUAUAUCCAUCUGUCAGCUUCCAGCUGUUUCCUGUUUUGAGGACUGGCAAGUGCAAAACGUUCGGCUUUUCUGUUGGCUCUGUGGCUAAAUUGCCUGAGCCCAUGACAGUCUGGCAAAGGCCUGUAUGGGUCUGUGAGGCAGGAAUCUCUAGCCUUGUUGCCCCAACCUAUUAUUGCUGCCUAUACAAUUCUGUUUACCUAGAACACCAUACGGUUGCCCUCUUGAGUUUUAUUAUACCAUACUGCCAUCCUUUUGAGAAAUUACAGGGACAGAAUCCUGAACACCUGGUUCUAAGAAUAUUUGUAUUGACCAAAGUCAUGAUUUGGGAAUUAGGGAGAAGAAGACCACUUUGUUGAAUAGAGCCUGACUUUGUAAGGGUACUAGGGUAUUGUAACUUUGGACAGAGAAAGUGUGGAUGUACUGACCAACUUUAGUUUCACACUCAUUUUUUGUUUGGUUGCACUAAAUGUGCAAAAGAACUGACAUCCCAACCAAGAGAGCAAAGGAAUUGUUUCUCUUUCCUCCUAUUACAUGUAUGUGCCAUUUUGUUACUUCAGCUUUAUUUCUCCAGGUGCAGCACUCUUCACUUUCACCCAUCUCACACACACACCCCAAUUCCCCACAGCCUUGCAAACACCAUCACAAGUGGACAUGUUGGGGCAAAAAUGGCUGUUCUUUCUGUGAAAGACAUGGUGUUAACAAAAUGGGGCUCAAUUCAGGGCAAGUGCCUCUCCUGCUGCACAGGAAAUACUUGUUAUACCUGAUGGACUGGCUCUCUUAAACCCGAUUCUAGCUGCUGGCAAAGGGAAAUGUUUUUUCUAGAAAAUAACUGUUUGCUGUCUUCCUAAAAGUCUUCCUGGCACAGCUUGUCAUUACCUUUUUCAUAAAAUGGCUGAACAUUAUGAAAGGGACUUGUGACAUUGGCCAUAAAUGCCAUUAUAUUCUGCUGCCUGUGCAAGAGGGGGUGGGCAGCUGGUGGCAAUAGAGCAGGCUCUUCCUGAAGAGUAAAAACAUAUUUAUCUUGGUAGAUUUGCCCCUAUUUGGAACACUCUGUGGCGCUAAAACACAUUACCUUAAUCAAUGGUGCUUUAUAUGUGGCAAAAGUCCAUGCAGAGGUUGUUAUGUUUUGUUUUGUUAAUCUAUAUGCUCUGUCAAGAGAAGGAUGUGCAUGUUUAACUCAUUCACUCUAGGGCUCAAUUCAUUGUAUUUACCCAAGCUUUAAAGUUUUAAAAAGCAUCUCUUUUCCCCAUAAAGGGGGAUUUUGUAGCAUUCCAAUAAAGCAUCCAGAAUGUACCCUGGA